AUGGGGGUUUCUGUCUUGCCCUUUGCUAACUAUUGUAGGUGCAGUUGUGGUCAGCUGGUAAACCAGCAUGUGGCUAUUAUUCCUGGUUCCACCAAUAAAAGCACAGACGAAGGUCAGUCAGUCCAGACUGAGCCUCCUCAAGAGAAAUGGUCUGUUGCUAAGCACACACAAGCCACAGCCACUGAUGCAUAUGGCAUCAUCGAAUUCCAGGGUGGAGGUCAUGUCAACAAGGCCAUGUAUAUCCGUGUGUCAUAUGAUACUAAGCCUGAUAACCUUCUGCAUCUGAUGGUGAAAGAGUGGCAACUGGAGCUGCCCACGCUGCUUAUCUCUGUCCACGGUGGCCUGCAGAACUUUGACCUGCAACCCAAACUCAAGCAAGUGUUCGGAAAGGGCCUGAUAAAAGCAGCGGUCACCACCGGGGCCUGGAUCUUCACUGGGGGAGUUAGUACAGGAGUGAUUCGUCAUGUAGGAGAUGCACUGAAAGAUCACUCCUCCAAGUCCCGUGGAAAAGUGUGUGCCAUUGGAUUCGCACCCUGGGGCAUUGUGGAAAACAAAGAGGAUCUGAUUGGACGAGAUGUGACGCGACCUUACCAAACCAUGUCCAACCCCCUCAGCAAACUUUCUGUACUUAACAAUAGCCACUCUCACUUCAUUCUGGCUGACAACGGCACUCACGGAAAGUAUGGUGCUGAGGUCCGUCUGCGCAGGCAGCUGGAAAAACACAUCUCCCUGCAGAAGAUCAAUACACGUCUGGGCCAGGGCGUCCCUUUGGUGUGUCUGAUUCUUGAAGGGGGGCCAAAUGUAAUCUCCAUUGUGUUGGAAAGUCUGCGUGAGGACCCUCCUGUGCCUGUGGUGGUGUGUGAUGGCAGUGGCCGAGCAUCAGAUAUCAUUUCAUUCGCUCACAAGUAUUCUGAGGAGGAUGGGUUGGUAAAUGACAGUGUUAGAGACCAACUUCUUGUGACCAUACAGAAGACAUUCAACUACAACCGCAAUCAGGCCCAGCAGAUCUAUCUCAUGGUGAUGGAGUGCAUGAAGAAAAGAGAGCUGGUAAGUAAAAAAAAUAAAGAUGAACAAGGGAAUGUACAUUAUAAAAGACAACUAAGUGCCAGGUCUUUUGCUGUCCUAUAACAUAUACUACAAGAGUUAUAUUUUUGAGAUUGAUCUUAAAUUAAAAUAUGUUUGUUGAAUUGUGAUAUUUUUCAGAUCUGAUAAUAAAUAUGAUGAUCAUUCUUUCUGCCUCAUUUGCUUUUUUCAUAUCAUGCAAUAUACUGUCAUUUCACAAAUUCCAGCUCUCAGUUUUCCAUUCCAAUACCUUUCAUUGAGUGUUUUUGUUCUUCAUAAAAAUAAAAACUUGCUGUUUGAUAUUUUGUUUAAAUCCAGC